UGCAGGGCGGUCGCUCGCAUCUAUUCGACACUUCAUAUUCACGCGGACAACUGGGUCAUUGAGUUUUUGUUGACUACGUUGAUUAACCUCGUGUUGUGCUGUGAAUGAUUAUAGUGGAAGUGAUUAAAAUUUAAUUUAUAGUGAAACAAAACUACGCGGUCUUUUUGAAGUAUACGGGAUGCGUGCGUGAGCGCAACGUAUGACGUGCUACGAAACAUUGAGAACUCCGGCACCCGCCGCGGACGCCCCCAUGGCGCACCACUUUGUCAAGUGGUGGCGCAACAAGUUUAGAAAUGGAUACAAGAAAUUUAGCAUUGGCACAGAGAGCGAAAAGACGGAUACCGAGGAGUUGGUCGGGCGUGCCGCUUCUCAAUGUUCGGCGCCACCUGACUUGCUGCCUAGUGAAGCAAGAGCACUUUUGCAGCCCACCACUCCCCCACCAAGACCGACGAGCAAAAUACCUGAAUCUACGUACAAACCUCCGCCAUCUCCAACAGCUGCCGAUCGAAAUGAGAACAAACAACCCAGAUUGCGAUUCGAGGAACUGACCUGCGACGUAGAACUUCAACAUCCUGAAUCAUCCAAACAACAGCCAUUGCAGUUUUCCUUCACGCUGUACGAUCUUGAUGGACAUGGCAGAAUGACGAAAGAUGAUAUAGCUGGCAUCGUGUCGACGAUAUACGAGUCGAUAGGGAAGUCGGUCACAGUGCCUCAUUAUGGCUCGAAAACCAUACAGGUGCGGCUAACGGUCGUGCCGGAAGACGGGUGUGCACAAACUCGAGAGAAACGGGAGGGGAGGCGACGGCGACGGAAAGAAACGUUAGUCGCUGCUCCCGCGCCUGUGACCGAAUGCCCAGACAGCGAAGAAGAGAGGGAACGACUAUCGCACGAAGAUGACGCCUCAUCCAAGUCGUCUGGUUCCGGCGACCGCAGAACACAACAUCGACCGCAGCAAUCAAUCAGCAACUCUCGUCCUCACAGACACCAUCGCCGGGAACAUAGGGAGAGAAAACAUACUAAAAAGCGAUCUGGCAGCUUACAGAGACGGGAGCUACUUGAAAUCAUUCAAGCUAACAUGGAAAAAAAUCACAUGAGCUUUCAAACGUCAAGAAAGACCAGUGAUCCUGUGGCCAAUGAAGAAGAGAUUACAACGAAAUAUCAAAAGCUGCGUAACAGAUCAUACACAGUGAGUGAGAAACCAAUCAAUGCAUUCCAAAAGACGAAGACGGAAAACAUAGGAAACGGCUAUCUGGAUUUAGCUAGUGGAGGAGAUUCAAAUCUUUGCCGGUACGAUAGAUAUCUGCACGCCGUGAUAUGUUCAUCAGCUCGGCACGCGCACACCGGGUACCACCAGAAACAAACACAACCGCCCCGCACGCCGCGCGUCUCACAAAUCCCGCAGCCCCGCUCACGAUCACACGACAUGCCCAACCACAAACACCCUAGAGUUCUCCAAAUCAUAUUCUUAUAGAACUCAACAACGGGCAUUGUCUUCCUCUCUAUUUAAUUAUGAAUACAUUUAAUUACAAGUUACCAAGUGCUGUCCUGAAAUUUAUUUAAAAUGUUGCAUUGACAAAAUCUUAGUUAUAAUUUAGUGUUUAUAUGGAUUUAUUCACAACAAUGAGGCUCAUACUUGCUUGUACGUACGUACCUACAUAUUUUUUAACAAACUUUAUAACAUUUUAAUUAUACUAAGGUAGUUUGUUGUACUUAGAAACAGCAUUGAGAACUACAGCAUAAACAACUAGAGACACAAAGGUUUUCCAUCAUGUACGUAUUAAAACUCCAUUAUUUUUAAUAUCGGUAUAUGUCCUGUAAAUAAGUUAUUGUUUCCUCUAAUAAGAACAAAAAAAGUGUUUACUGAAAUAGACGGCCUCGUCAAGAUAAACCAUAUAAUAUAUAUAGAUAUUAUAGAUGUGCUAAAACUAAUGCUUUCGACAGUUGUAUGGUGGUAAAUCAUGGAGUUCAUUUGUACUUACUUAAUAAGUUUGUAGACUUGUGGCAAGUGCCUUAAAUAUUGGUAACCCAGUCCAUAUUGAACAUAAAAAUAUUCGAGUAAAAAGCAAGUCAUAUAGAUUCGUUUUUAUUAGGAGUGGUUGUUAAAAAUCUUGUAUUUAAUCUGUGUAUUGUUAACGACAAAAAUGCUCAGUAGACGUAAUUUGUAAAACUCAUUUUCGAGUUUAGACUGAUUAUAGACAUAAGUGUUAAGUACUUGAGCAAUGAUAGUUUAUUAUGAAACUGUUAAAAGUAGGUAAUCAUUUAUUUGUUUUGUAAGUACUUAAAUCCAGACUGCAAAUAAUUGAAUAUUUUUUCAGCAGUCUAAUAACAAAAAUGAUAAAAUCUCAUUUUCACGCUCUAGUACCAUUAUCAGUAUUCUUUAUUUUGUAAUAAAAGCUAAUGAAUCUCUAGCAAGUUAUUAUCUACCUCUUAUUUUAAUUUCAUAAUUUAGGGCUAAUAAUUUAUUAAAAUCUGAAUCCUAAUGUAAAUUUAGAUUUAUUUUAGCUUAUAUUGUGAUAAUUUGUCAAAUACAGUUAUAGUGACACUCAAAGAUAAAUUAAGGUGUACAGUAAGUAAGUGUAUAAAG